UCGGUGUCAGCAUAUCUGCUCUCGGCAGCUCCUCAGAGUGCAGUCAUGUCUGGACGUGGUAAGGGAGGCAAAGGGCUCGGAAAAGGCGGCGCCAAGCGCCACCGCAAAGUCCUCCGGGACAACAUCCAGGGCAUCACCAAGCCCGCCAUCCGCCGCCUGGCCCGGCGCGGAGGAGUGAAGCGCAUCUCCGGCCUCAUCUACGAGGAGACCCGCGGUGUGCUGAAGGUGUUCCUGGAGAACGUGAUCCGCGACGCCGUCACCUACACGGAGCACGCCAAGCGCAAGACCGUCACCGCCAUGGACGUGGUCUACGCGCUCAAGCGCCAGGGCCGCACCCUCUAUGGCUUCGGCGGCUAAGCUGCUCAGCUAAAUACUCUUCGCUAAAGGUCCUUUUC